CUCCUCCGCAGCCCUGAAAUUGAUGUUUGCUGCUGAUAAAAACACUGGGGAAUGUGCAGAGGUCAUCUGUAGUCCUGUGGAAUAACAGCAAGUGUGUGUGAAAGUGUGUGUUUAUCCUGGGAUUCAGACACAUUUCCAUCUAAAUGAGGAGAGUUUCAGGCUGAUUUCUAAAACAUCUGGACGGAUACAGAAAAGUGGCAGAAAGAAAGAACGGUUUUCUUAAUUUCCUGCAUUUUUGCAACUGGAAAAAAAGCUACAACUGGAGUUUCCUGAUCGAAUGAAGAGAUUUCUGACGUUUUUAUACUGAAUGUAUUUCACUCUUCUGUGAAUUUGGUGCUGUAACGCGCUAAGUUUCUCAUUUCCAAAGACACAAUUUGGAUAAAAAUCAUAAUUUUUUGGUCCAUUCUCUUCUGUUGUGCCUUAAAAGUGUAACAUCUUCUGAUUUACAGUCAUUUAUCUCCAAACCAGGUGGACAAAACCGGUUGUUGGGACGCUACCGAGCAGCUGCCACUACUACCACAGCAAUUAACCUCAUCAUUAACUUUCAAGUCCUUCGUGCAGGAAAAAAAAAAGAAAGUUUUAUUUAAUGAGAAUACUAAUUUAUGUGAUUACACACAUUAGCAAAGAUGCUGCUCUUUAUUGACUGCCAGGCUUUCAUCAACACAACACAAAAGACCGCAGAACGUUUCAUAUUCAGACAUGUGACGGUUAUGUUGCUGCAGAAAAGUUGCUACAGAAUUUUAAUGGAUUUCCUCAACUGAUCAGCUGAUCAGAUGUCCAUGUGAGCUGUUUUCGUCUUUUAUAACCUCUAAAGGAAAUACUAAUUUCUUAAAAACUCAAUGAACAAAGCACAGACGUUAUUUUUGAGACAUUGUGAUGAUUUUUGAAGGAUGUCGUAACUGUAACUGACUCGGUUGUUGCCAGUUUUUUAGUUCCCACCUUGGAUUACAACCCGCAGGAUAUGUCUGCAUUUUAAUUUAAUGUGCCAGAAUUUGGCGUUUUGACUCUGGAGAGGUGAAUCACAAGCUUGCCAUCCCGUCCUGUGCGUCUGAAAUCGUCUCUUCCUGCCUCGUGGGAGAACUCGUCGCCUGUCCCCGUCACUGCCAUGGUGAUGUCGCAGGGCACCUACACCUUCCUGGCCUGUUUCGCCGGCUUCUGGUUGGUCUGGGCGUUCGUCGUCAUGCUCUGCUGUUUCUGCAGCUUCUUGCAGCGCAGGCUGAAGCGUCGCCGCGAGGAGAGGCUGAGAGAACAGUGUCUGCGAACUAUGGAGAUGGAGCCGCUCAGCUGUCAACCUGCAGGAUACCUUCCUCCUCCACCUCCUCCUCCUCCAAAUCCACCACCUACACAGCUGCCCAGGGAUCCGCCGCAGUUCUGCCCUCCUCAAACUCUGCUGCCGCCAGUUCCUCUACAGGUUCCUCAUCCCAUGCCGCAAGCAAACUGGAUCAGCAUGCCAGACACAGAUAUAUUAGGGAAGCCGCCCUGUUAUGAGGAGGCGGUCCUGAUGGAGGAUCCCCCUCCGCCAUACAGCGAGGUCUUGGCCGACCCGCGGGGGGGCACCUACCUGAAGCCGUCCCCGCUCGGAGCAGCACCUCCACCUCUCCGGGAACACCAGGAUCCUCCUCCGGUGUUCACAUCUGAGAUGAGCAAGCUUCCCGCAGCGGCUGUGUUUCCCAACCGGGCUUACUCCUCCCUGAUACGCUUGCCUUCGUCGCAGCGCUGGGACUCCCUGGGUCACCUCCUGUCCAACAUGGACCUGAACCACAGCAACCUCACCCCGCCGGGGGCCCGCUCCCUCCACGCUGCUGCUGCGAUGGCUACCAUGCCCCGCCGAGAGCACAGGACUCAACAUGAUGGACUUGGGCUUCGAGGUGGAAUACAAGGACUGCAAGGGGGGAUAGACGGACUACAUGGGGGGAUACAUGGAUUCCAAAGGGGGUUCCAGGGGUUUCAGGGCCUUCAGGGGGUGCAUGGACUAAGGGGCUUGGAGCCCAGCUGUGGCCUGCCUACAGCCUUCCCCCUGCUAGGUCGCAGCACUGCUGUCUAGCCAACCAUUAAGUUCCCUGAAGAGCCCUCUAGCAGGAGACCUCCAGUGUAAAGACAGACUUCCUGUCUACUCCGUGUUUACAGCACUAACACACUAGAAGUAAAGAUUUAAUUCCCUAAAGAGGGAAAAAAAGGGGUUCUAGUGCUGCAAAGAAGUCAGGAGUUCAAUUCCCCGUGCAUCUCUGUGGGCGUAGGCUACCACUUAUUCUGCCGGGAUCGCAGCUCUCAGCCAUCCGUGUGGGUAAAGGAGAAAAUUACAUACAUAUUGAACCAGUGCUGCUGAGUCAUACAGGUGUCACACUGAAGCUAAUUGAGUCAAGAUUCUUUGAACAGCAGAGGAGGCGAGAAAAGAACCAGUAACAAGGCAGAAGACGAGCAAAUCAAGCAAGGAGCACAGCUGUUUCUCAUGUCACACUCUACUUAUUUUCAUCCCUCCUCUCCUCUCCUCUCCUCUCCUCCUCUCUCUGUGCCUGAGCAACCUAUUGUACGAGGCCGUUGCCAUGGUUCCCAGGAACUCUGUUGCCCACGACGACCUCUCCUCUUUUAUCUGCUCUGAUUUUUAAAGACUCUGUCCACAGCUUGCCUCCUCUUAAAGACUGAGAAUAUUAAUACUUGCAAAAAGAACAUGUGGUGACUUUCGGUGGGACGUUUGUGACUUUAGUUUUCACAAUACUAAAGGCAGAGUACAACAAGCUAGCCAGAGAACCAAGCAUACUUGGAUUGCAUUUUGUAACAUGCUGCUUUGUUGUUUUCACUGUUGUAUUUACUACAAAUUGCUGUAGUUCAGCCUCUUAAGUGGCGGUCCUCAACAUGGAAGUUAUAGCCCUCCUGGUGGUGACAGGAUGACGUUGGCUUGGUCAUUAGAGUGGAAACAUGUAAUUUUUCAUGUACAAAUUUACUAUCAUUCUUUUAAGCUAUGUGACAAACGCCUUUUCUCUUGUGAAAUAAAAAACAUCCACUCUAUUCUUCUUCUAAUAAUUUAUGAAGUAAAAAACAAGGCCAGAAUGGGAAAAUAAAAUUCAUUGUUUGAUGUUAAAAUACAUUCUUCUGAGUGUUUUUAUGUUCACUGCAAGGAGUUGUACUUCUCGUAUUUAAGAUCUCCUACAGACAUGUUUUAGGAAAUAUAGGAAUAUUCUGCUUGUGUGGGUAUUCUACUAAAUAAAUAAAUAAAAUUACAUCUCUCCCUCUCCCACUGAAAUUUCAAAAGCUAAUUCUCAUCAAGCAAAACAUCUCUCUUCUAAAGAAAUAUC